CCAGUAGGCAGAUAUGAGGAAGACUGCAGGAAUUUGCCUACAAAAGAGGCGGGACAGAAGCCUCACUCCCUCUCCGAGAGCCAUCCAGGAUGCGGCUACCCCUUGAGAUUCUGGAGAGGAUCAUCGACCAACUCAUCGAUGAGCUUCCAGAGGUCAAUCGAGGCCUGGCUCUUGUCUUCAACACCAGCCGGUCUAAUGUAGAGGCUUUCGCAUCUGUCCGUGCGCUCGCACAGACAAGCAGCUGGAUCCGUCAUAGGUGCCUUUCGCGGCUGUGGCGUAACGUCUCGCUUUACAACAUCACUAACGUCAUGCGCAUGCACCGCCUCUUUGAGCUUGCCAAGAGCAGCGGCGGCCCCGUCUAUUUCUCCCAUAUUCGCAAUCUCGAAUUGGAGUGGAAGAGCGUGUACGAAUCGGCAUGCGACGGCGAGAUGCUGAUGGAUGGGUGCGAUGUGGGGGAUGCCUUUCUGUCGCACCUGGAACUUUACGCUACUGUACUGCUCGAACGGUGUACCAACCUUCGUCGGCUCCUCUGGUGCUCGCAGCCAUGGCCUAUGCCAAAGGCCAUCGCAGCACGGCUUGAUUCCAUGCCCUCGUUCCGAGAGCUGACCAUUGAAGAUGAAGAGUGCCACGGUGACCCAGAGUACAGCGCCGUUUCUUUCUGCUCUUCCCAUCUCGAAAGGCUCAUUUUCAGAACGUCCGUCUACCUGGAAGCACCCGGGCAAGAGCCGGAUUGGCUCUCUCAUUCAUCUUGUACCAAGUACGGGGUAAGCGUCAGACCACUCGAGGCGGAGGAUAAUUGCGAGCCAGGUACUACAUCCGAUGCAUGUCUGCGAUGGACAGUUCAGGCAAUUCUCGACGCCGCGUCAAAAGGCUCUCUCCGCCGCAUAGGUUUCAAGCGCAACCAGGUCCUCAUCAUGCGCCGCCUCUUACCAUUGCUACUCUCACUCGAAGUCGAGGCCGAUCGCAUGAAGUGGUCCGACGAGGUGCCUGAUCAUCAGGCCACCCUAGCCUGCGUUCGGGCACUCACUUUCUUGCGCGGCCAGCUCCUUCAGUGCUCUAACACCGAGGAGAUGCGAAGAAGAGCGCGGGCUAUUGCCGAGAAUGGCGAUCUGUCGUUGGACUCUGACGAGGCCGACCUGAAGUCCAUUGAGAACCUCCCCGAAGGCUUUGCGAUCCCGCCUUACGCCCAGUGGAUCCUCGACGACGAGGUUCUCUGUAUUUCCGUCGCGCGUGCGCUGGGCCUGACGCCGCCUGCCAACAAUGGCCCACUUGUGCUAUUCCCGGUAACUGCGUCGAGUCUUCCACUGAAGGCUCAGAUUGCUUCCCCAUCUUCGGCCUCAAUUCCAGGCAUCACGACUUGAUCAUGUCGCGAAUUGUGGACACAUGUGCUGCAGAUGUGCUGCACUGUACAUCAUAGUAAACAACUUCUCGUCUUGUGUCGCCAGGGAGCCGAUCCGAUCGAAGACUCGGGAGGAAAAGGACGCUCUCGCGCCUGCCGGGGAACGGGCCACAAAGUCGAUCACCCGUCGCACAAAGCACACGGUCGAGACGCGCAGAGGAGCUUUCCGUAGAAGGAAGCUAGCGCCGUUGCGAGAUUAAGCAGGGUUGGUCGCAUCGCCGAGCUUGAGCUCGCGGAUGAUAUCUUUGUCAG